AUGUCUACGAUGAGAUUGCGACUUAUAAAUGUUGAAUUUACGUUUAAAAUCUAUAAAACCAAUGGUUAUUUGAAACUUUUGUUCGCGUUUCAAAUGUCUUUACUGAUCACAACCGUUAUUGAUGGUAAGUUUAUGGACUUUUAUGCCCUUGUAACUUUUCUGCCUCUUGAUAAUAUUUUUGACGUCCUCCAGAGAGAAUUCUAUGAAAUGACGAGACUUAUUUUGCUUCCCAUCCAUUCUAUCAGACCUUCCUUAAGAGAAGGGUAG